AUGGAGCACACGCUUCACACGAUCAGCCCCAAGAUGAAGUUCUUCGCCGUCAAGGGCCUGCUGCUCGUCAUCUUCUGGCAGGAUGACGCCAGCUCUCCCGGGGAGGCGCAGAUGGCUUCCGGAGCACCUCCCACGAGGCCGAUCACCGAUCGCGCCCGGCCGCUGGAGGGCAUCAUCCUCAGCGUCCUGCCGCUCGACGCCUGGACGAAGUCGCGCGUGAACAGCUUCUGCCUGAUCUGGGAGGCGUUCCUCCUGGGCGUCCUGCAGUUCGUUGCCUACCGGCCCAGCGACUUUCAGGAGUAUGACGACAUUGUGCGCGUUCCCGAGGUUAAGAAGGACUCGACGUCUGUCAGCCAGG